AUGUCCCAUCAACACCAAAUAGUGGACUCCCACAUCCACCUCUUCCCAAAAUCCCACCUAAAAACCUUCACCUGGUACACAGAAACAAGUCCCCUCGCCAACCAACACAGCAUAAACGAAUACCGCACCGCACUCACCACCCCCAACGGCACCAACCCAGGCGUCCGGGGCUUCAUCUUCCUCGAAACCGACCGCCUAUCAUCCAUCCAACCAAGCACAACCCCCGGCUGGACCCACGCCCUAGACGAAGUCUCGUACCUAGCGCGCAUCGCGCUGGGCACACCCAUUCAAGGCGAAGGCCACAAGCCCGCAGACAAGGAAUUAUGUCUGGGCAUCGUGCCGUGGGCGCCUGUUCCGGGGGGACGGGAGCUGUUGCGUGAGUAUAUGGGUCUUGCGAAGGAGCGGGCUGGGGAUGCUUUCGGGAAGGUUUGUGGGGUUCGGUAUCUUGUUCAGGAUAAGGAGCCUGGGACGAUGACGAUGGAUGGGUUUGUGGAUGGGUUGAGGUGGUUGGGGGAGGAGGGGUUUGUGUUUGAUCUGGGUGUUGAUGCGAGGUCUGGUGGGUUGGGGCAGUUGAAGGAGGCAGUUGAGAUGUUGAGGGGGGUUUAUGCGGGGUUAGAUAAGGGGAAGGGGGUUACGAUUGUUAUUAGUAUGUUCUUUGGUCCUGGGAUCUGUGAUGGGUUUGUUGUUGGGGGUUUUUUUGCUGACGUUACGACAGAUCAUCUUUGCAAGCCGAAUCUAAGGCUAGGUGGUGGGGAUGUUUCUAAGCAUCAUGAGUUUGUGGAGUGGAGGGAACUUGUUGUGCAGAUGGCGGGUUAUCCCAAGACUUAUAUGAAGCUUUCUGGGGCUUUUUCGGAGCUGUUGCCGUUGGAGGGGGAGGAUUGCGAUAUCUCGGGUAUUGUUGAUUGCCUGCAGCCGUGGACUGAUGUUGUUUUUGAUGCCUUUGGGGCUGGAAGAGUCAUGUUUGGGUCGGAUUGGCCGGUUUGCAAUGUUGGGGGUGGUGGGAAUGAGGUUUCAUGGGGACGAUGGAGGCGGGUUGUGGAAGAGGUUUUGAUACGACGGGGUCUCUCUGAGGAGGAGAAGAAGGGUAUAUGGGGGGAUGUCGCAUUGAAGGCUUAUGGUAUUCCAUGA